UUCCCAUUGCAACACAGCUCAAGCACCGUCUCCCUCUCAGCUACUACGGCGAUAACCCAGCUCAAGCACCGUCUCGCUCUCAUCUCCGACGACCCACUCAGUCGGCGCGACCGUCUCAGCUACUACAAAGACCCAGCAGCGCCGUUUUCUUCCCUCUCAAUUCGAACAAGUUAUGUUGCUUGGCUGCCUGAGCAUGAUUAUCAGAUUAAGAAAAUCUUUGAAUCCAAAGGCUCGAGGCGUCUUUCUGAGAUGUACAUGGAAGCGAGGAACAAGCGUGAACGCCCAUCUUGGAUAGGUGAGGAUGCUUGGAAAGAGCUUGAUAUUGCGUGGAAGAAGCCAGCCUAUAAAGCGAUAUCACAGCGAAAUAAGAAAAAUCGUAAUUCUGCUAAAGGUGGGUCUGUCCAUACUGGCGGAUCCAUAACUUUCACCGAGCAUACCUUACGGAUGGCUGAAGAGUUGGGUAGAGAACCCACAGUGGAUGAGGUCUUUUUAAGAACUCACAUUCGUAAGAAGGACUCAACUUGGGUUGAUCUUAGAUCUCAAAACACUUAUGGUAGUUUCCAAAGUAAUUUGAAUCAGGCCUCAGAAGGUGCAGAUGAGAGUGGCUCCCAAAUGGUCGACUCUGCGACUCGUUUAAAACUGUGGGCCAAAUCUGUUAGGGGGAAAAAUCGAGGACGUCUAUAUGGUGUAGGAGAUAGGUCCUCGAAUUAUAGACCAGGUGUUUCAAGUCUCGCCCCAGACACUGUUCCAUCUAUGGGUUGCAGCCAAGUUUCAUCCCAUUAUUCUCAUGAGAUGGCAACACAGUUGGCCACACUUGAGGAGCGAGCAAAGGCAGCAGAGGAUGAGGUUCGGAAUACAAGGGAGGAGCUUAGGCAAGCAGAGCUUAAGCGACAAAAGGAAGCUCAGCAGUCAGAACAGCGUGCUGCAGAGUUCCAAAUGCAGCUGAUAGCGUUGACAAAAAGUGUAGCUGCCAUGCAGGCCGAGCCCUCCCGUCGUCGACGUCGUCAUCCAGAUUAUGAUGAGGAUGAGUCUGAGGAUGGUUCCGAGGAUGGAUCCGAGGAUGGAUCCGAGGAAGGGUCUGAGGAUGAAUCCGAGGAUAACGAGGAAAAUUGAUAUUUAGUUUGUGUUGUUAUUAUGACUUCAUCUUAUGCUUAGAUUAUUAACGGUGCAUUUUGUUAUUAUGACCGAUUAAGCUUAGACUUGUGGCUACAUCUUUUGUCGAAAUUGCUAGUUUCUAAUUUGUUUAUUUUGACA